GGACAGGGAAGGAAGAGGUUGUUCCUGUUGUGUGGCUUUGCUGCUGAUCCUGAGAUUGAGCCCAGCAGCAGCUGUGGGGAGUCAGCAGCUUUCCUCUUCUCCCUGCCUUCCAUCAGCAUGGACACUUGGAGGAGAGGGUCCAUCAAGUCCACAACGUUCUUCAGACGUUUCUCACUCAGGAGACACAAAAAGCUGGGCAACCAAGUCAUCAUCUUGAAUAAGAACAGCCACACUAUGGACAGUGAUGGACAGUGCCAGAAGAGGGAAGGCUUGAGGGAUCUGAAGGACAAGUCUGACUACCUGUCAUGUCAGAGUGAGCAAAACCUGGCAAAGGCACAGGCACCUCCCAAGCCUCCCCGGCUCUACCUGGACAGUUCUAGCUGCCCCAACAUCAUCGACCGCACAGAUUCUCACUCUGACAUCUCCUUUUCUGGUGCUUCCCACCAGUACCACAAAGCCACUCAGACCCAGCUCCACAAGGACCAGGAUAAAGACUGUGGGAUGGCAGAGACAGGUUCCCAGAACGGCUCNGCUCUUCCUGACCUGUCUGAUCCCCUCCUUUCCUUCAAGGUGGAUUUGGGGCUAUCGCUUCUCGAGGAUGUUCUGCAGACCCUCAGGAAACAGAACCCAAGAGAUUAUGCCAUCUGA